AUGGCUUCUACCAGCAACAACUGCUCCUCCUCUCGAGUCUGUAAAUACGACGUGUUCCUCAGUUUCCGAGGCACCGACACUCGCAACAAUUUCACCGAUCAUCUCUAUCACCAUCUUAUCAGAAAAGGUAUUUCCGUCUUCAAAGACGAUCAUACCCUCCAGAAAGGAGAAUCCAUUUCACCGCAGCUUCUACAAGCAAUUCGAGAUUCAAGGGUUUCUCUAGUUGUUUUCUCACGAAACUAUCCUCGGUCAACAUGGUGUUUGAAUGAAAUGGCUGCUAUUGCGGAAUGCCACAGAGAAUUCAAACAAACUGUUAUCCCUAUUUUCUACGGUAUCGAUCCAUCUCAUGUUCGGAAGCACAUUGGGGUUUUCAAAAUUGAUUUUAAUAACUCUAACAAGAAGUUCAAGUGCGAUCCAGACAAGGUUGAUGGAUGGGAGAGAGCUAUGACUGAAUUGGCCAAUUUGGUUGGAUUUGAUGUUAGAGACAAGACAGAGUUUACAGAGAUUGAAAAAAUUGUUCAAGCAGUAAUAAAAGCAUUGAAACAUAAAUUCUCAGGGUUUACCAGUGACCUUGUUGGGAUGCAAUAUCGCAUACAAGAAUUAGAAAAGCUUCUAAAAUUGAGUUCAAAGCAUGACGACUUCCGAGUUCUGGGAAUUUGCGGGAUGGGUGGAGUAGGAAAGACAACUCAUGCCACUGUUUUGUAUGACAGAAUAUCUUAUCAGUUUGAUGCUCGUUGUUUUAUUAAUAACACAAGCAAACUUUAUAUGGAUGGUGGUAUUGUUGCUGUACAAAAACAAAUUCUUCGUCAAACUCUAGCCGAAAGUAAUCUAGACUCAUACGAUACUUGUGAAAUCGCCGGAAUUAUGUUAAAUAGGCUUCACAGUGGCCUUAAGGUCCUUCUAUUUCUUGACAAUGUUGAUCAAUUAGAGCAACUGCAGGAAUUGGGUAUAAAUCCUAAAUUACUAUGGAGUGGUAGUAGAAUAAUCAUAACCACAAGAGACGAGCAUAUUUUAAGAGUUUAUGGGGCAGAUAGAGUACACAAAGUUCCCAUGUUGAAUAGUAAUGAUGCCUGUGAACUUUUUCGUAGAACAGCCUUCAAAGGUGAAGACCAAAGCAGCGAUUGUGUGGAGUUGAUUCCAGAGAUACUAAAAUAUGCUCAAAAUCUCCCAUUAGCAAUUAAAGUAGUGGGCUCUUUCUUGUGUACCCGAGAUGCUACUCAGUGGACCGAUGCUUUGGAUAGAUUGAAGAACAAUCCCGACAGUAAAAUUAUGGAUGUGCUUCAGAUGAGUGUUGAUGGACUACAACAUGAAGAGAAGGAGAUCUUUUUGCACAUUGCUUGUUUCUUUAAAGGGGAGAGGGAAGAUUAUGUUAAGCGAAUUCUAGAUGCUUGUGGAUUACACCCUCACAUUGGAAUUCAAAGAAUCCUUGAGAAAUCUCUAAUUAUCAUUAAAAACCAAGAGAUUCAUAUGCAUGAUAUGUUACAAAAACUGGGCAAGAAAAUCGUCCGGCACCGGUUUCCUGAAGAGCCAGGAUCGUGGAGUAGAUUAUGGAAUUACCAUGAUUUCUAUCAAGUAUUGACAACAGAAACGGGAACAAACAGUGUUAAAGCUAUAGUUCUGGAUCAAAAGGAAAGUUUCUCCAACUGCAGGGCUGAAGGAUUUUCAUAUAUGAGGAACCUUGCACUUCUCAUAUUGUAUCAUAACAACUUUUCAGGAAAUUUGGAUUUUCUUUCCAACAACUUGCGAUAUCUUUUGUGGCAUGGAUGCCCUUUUACUUCUUUGCCGUCAAAUUUUGAGCCAUAUUAUCUUGUGGAAUUGAAUAUGCCUGAUAGUAGCAUUCAACGACUGUGGGAAGGUCGCAAGGAACUACCUAAUUUGAAGAGGAUGGAUUUGAGCAACUCCAAGUAUCUUAUAGAGACUCCAAAGUUUUUUUUGACCUCAAAACUGGAGCGGUUAGAUUUUACAGGAUGCACAAACUUAAUACAGGUCCAUCCAUCAAUUGGACAUCUUACCGAACUUGUUUUCUUAUGUUUGCAAAACUGCAGCAGUUUGGUUGACCUUGAUUUUGGUAGUGUAUCAAGAUUAAGUUCUUUGAGAGUUCUACGCCUUUCUGGUUGUACAAAACUUGAAAAGACACCAGAUUUUAUCAGCGCAUCAAAUCUUGAGUACCUUGAUAUGGAUGAAUGUACAACUUUAUCCAAAGUUCAUGAAUCCAUUGGGGAUUUGACAAACCUUAAAUUCUUGACUUUGAGAAACUGCACAAAUCUGGUUGAAAUGCCCGAUAGAAUUAAGAGGAUGGCAUCCCUUGUAACUCUAGAUUUUUGCGGUUGCUCGAGUCUUACAAUUCUACCCCUGAAAUGGACUCCUACUGAUCAUAUGAGAUCUUUGAUUUUUUUAGAUUUAAGCUUUUGCAAUCUUCAUGAAGUACCUGAUAUUGGAACGUUAAAGACGCUAGAAAGACUAAACCUACAAGGAAACAAAUUUCGUUCACUACCUUAUGGUUCCAAUGAUCUUCAAAACCUAGCAUAUGUAAACUUAUCUCAUUGCCAUGAGCUUGAAACUAUUGAACUACCUUUAAUUAGUGCUUCUUCUGGAGGAAGAUAUUUUAACAUAGCAGUGGGAUCUCGUGAUCAUAGGUCAGGAUUAUACAUAAUUGACUGCCCCAAGAUCAUGAACAUUACUGGAAACCAAAUCAUAGAAUAUAUAUGGUUUCGAAGACUGCAUGAGAAUCCCCAACACUUUCGGGGUGGCUUUGACAUUGUUGUUCCUGUUUUUCCAUCAAGUAGUUGUAUUCCAAGAUGGUUCAAUCACCAAUUUGAUGGCGGUUCAAUAGUAAGGAUAGUAGAUUUUGAUGAGUUUGACAAGAAGUUUGGCUUUGCCUUCUGUGUGGCAUUUGAGGUAAACAAUUGUCCUGCGAAUACUUGUUCUCCUCCACAGGAUUCAUUUUUCUCAGCACUCCCACAUCCUUUAUAUCUUUCUUUUGAAAGUGAACACACAGAGGAACGCUUUGAUAUGCCACUCAGUUUGGAUUUGAACAAAAUUGAUGGCUCCAAACAUCUUUGGCUAAUCUAUAUCUCUCAAGAGCAUUGCCAUUUUGUAAAAACUGGAGCGCAUAUCACAUUUAAAGCCUGCCAAGGUUUGUCCAUAAAGAAAUGGGGAUUGCGCUUGUUAAUCAAGAAUAAAGAAUCAUAUCCGGCCCCUAGCUCCUGGGAACACUUAUUGGACUAUUAUAUGCCCCAACUUUUCUUAGACUAUGUACAAAAAACCAGCAUGAAGUCUGGAACUAAAAUCCAACUUCCAUACAAUUGGUUGGUUACUGAAGACGAAGAAGUUGAGAAUUCUGGAGCCAAGUCAAAAGAAACCGAUCUUUCUAAUCUCGGCCUUUAG